UAAACAGCAUGCUUUCUUCCCCGUUGACAUAAUUACGUCAUCCUGCGAUCAGAGAUAGCCUAAUAAGCCUCUGUCAGUUUCACCCUAUUGGUCAGGCAGAGCACUUCUGUGGCUAGAUGGGCUGGGCUUAUAACUGGCUGAACCUGAUUUCCCAGGAGCACUGUUUUUGUCUACAGUAUCUGCUGUCCUGAUGUCAUGGUUAACUUUGACUUGAACACACGCUAGGUUCUUGGAAUGUUUUCUUGAGCGAUUUGGAGAGGUCAAAGCUAAAGCAAAAUCUGCGCCCUGAGGACUUGUACCACGGGGAAAUGCUCAGACUGAUGGGACUUUGUGUCGCUGUUCUUUUUCAGUACCUACCAUGCUACUUGUUUCAGUGGAGCUAACACCUGCUUACAUGUCCUUCCUGUGAAAGGUGUUUCAAUCUUUGAGGAGUACACAACAAGCUUUCUCUGUUUUUCAGAUUCACAAAACCGCUACGGAGCCGGGCCUAAUAAUGGCACUUCAUUUUACAGCAGACUGAACGACAGAGAUUAAACCUUAAUUAAGUGAUCGCGUUUAAAAAAGAAUACAUUCGGAAUAACCAUGAAGGAUCGCCUAGAAGAGCUCCGGCAGCGAGCUAAAGACGCAGAGAUGGAGAAAGAAAAGAACACUUUUGCGGAUGAUGUGACCGAUGGGGCGUCAUUCAGCCCACAGGCGGUGGUGUUCGAGACAGAGCCGGGGAUAGAGAACUUCCUGAGCGAGGUCCAGCGUAUCCGCGACAGCAUCAAUGACCUGGCGGACGAGGUGAAGAGGUUCAGCCAGCAGCAGAAGAACCUGGUGGCCACCAUGCGCCGCUUCAGCGUCAUGAAGAAGGAGAGCAGCGUCACCAGGGACAUCAAGCUGCAGGCUGAGAGCCUCCACAGGAAGCUCGACGCGCUGGCCAAGCGGGUCAAGAGCACCGAGGCCGAGCAUGGCCCGAAUGCAGCGAUCACCCGCAUCCAGAGCACCCAGUAUUCGACCCUGUUCCGGCACUUCCAGCAGGUGAUGCGCCAGUACAACGACACCCUGGUCAGCAAGCAGGACAAGUGCAAGCAGUUCAUUGUGCUGCAGCUGGAGGUGGCUGGGAAGGAGGUGUCGGAGGACGAGGUGGACGAGAUGGUGGAGCAGGGCAAGUGGGAGGUCUUCAACGAGAAUGUCUUGAACGAGGUGAAGAUCACCAAGGCGCAGCUGACGGAGAUCGAGCAGCGCCACAAGGAGCUGAUGAACCUGGAGAGCAACAUGAAGGACUUGCGAGACCUCUUUCUGGAAAUCUACCUGCAGGUUGAGGAGCAGGGCGAGCACAUCGAGAACAUUGAGUCCAACAUCCAGAAGACCCAGGACUUUGUGCAGAAAACAAAUGAGAAGUUCAAGCUAGCAGCCAAGUACCGAAAGAAGAACCCUCUGAAAAAGAUGUGCUGUUGCUGCUGCCCUUGUUGCAAGUAGCAAGGCUAUGUCAAUUGCAAACUCUAGAAUGUAAUGUACUGUAGUGCGCUAUGUAGGUCAGCUCGAGCACACGGGCAAGUGUUACUGUUUUUCAUUGCACAGCUGACACUGAUCAUCAAGAGAAAUGCAUCGCUUUACCUACAACAAAUUCACAAAGUGAUCCAUAAAAUUAUUUUUUGUAGCAGAUGUAGCAGUUCUGCUUUUUUUUUUUAACAGUCAUGAUAUAGGUAAACUCACUAUGCUUAUUAUAAUUUUUCAUUAACCGUAUUGAUCCAACAGGGGAUCAAAAAUGAGUAACAGAGGCUGUGGUUACAAAUGGAAACGACACAAUCUGUAGAUCUGAGAGCAUGCUUGGCACCAGGUGACAGGUGUUUUCUAGUGGGAAUAACAGCAUCACAUUCUGAUCUCUCACGGAAAGUAUUCUGAUGAAAAGCAUGAGGAGAUGUGUUGUCCUGCUGGAAUGUUGUCCACAUCAGGAUGAUCCUGCAGGAAGGGGAGCAGGUGAGGUUCCAGGAUUUAGUCAAUGUACUGUAGCACUGUGCAAUUAGAUUUCCCUCAAUCAAUAGAAGUGGAGUUCUGCAGCCAUCAGACAGUCCUACCUUGACCCUGACACACCGACCCCUCCAUCCACUGGUCUGUUGCCCACAGUUAGUGUAUCCGUCUGCAUGUCCACAUCAUUUGCACCUGGCUGACUUGCACAGCCUGUAGGUCUUUGGCCUUAACACUAAAGAGGACUAGGCUUCUCUGCUGGCACCAAUAAUCUGAUAGGCGUUUUUCACUCAAUAAGCGGGGAAUAAUGGCUCUUUUUUAUGUUUAUCUUUUUCUUUAAUUUUCACCAGGCUUGACAUGCUAACAGUUAAAUCACCUCUCAAAAUUAAAUUUUGCACUACUGAAGUGAUUUAGUGCUUAUGCCACAAAGUCACUCGAGUGUAUCACAGUCACCAAUGAUGAUCAAUGAAUCAAAAUUAUGCCACAACAUCUAAUCUAUAUCCAGAAAUCACAUAUUUUAUUCUUCUAAAAGCACACAUGCAUAAAUAGGGUGAUACAUUUCUUUUGAUGCUUAGUAUAGAUGCCUUGAUUACCACCUGGCAAGGUUAAAAGGAACUUCCAAAUGGAAACAGGACUGAAGUAGAGCUUUUUGAAUGUGCAAAUUUUUAUAUGCACUUUAUUACAGGAAAAAAUUCCCCUGACAGGGGACAGUCCUUCACAUUUUUAUGAAGAAGCGUUAAUCAAACCUUAACCAAGAUAAAGUCUUCAAAAACACAGAUAACACAAAAGAAAAUAACUGUGUAUUAAUGUGACAGUAUUCCAUUUAAGGAAAAGUAAAACUAAAUGUUUCAUUUUGCCACUGCUCACUGAAGUUUUAGAUUCAGGCUUUUACCAUAAGGCCCGUGUUUUAAAGAUUCUCUGGACAUAAAAUACAAGAGAAUGUCUUGAGAUUCCUUAUCUUUUUUUGAGUCCUGAAAAGAUGACAUAUGUUAAUUAAAAUAAAUAUCAGUUUUGCUUCUUGUUUGAGUUUUGUAUAACAUGAUUGCUCCUCAUGAUGAUUUUUCAGUUUUCUGAGGGGGCAUAUUUUUGUCUGUUUCAUUUAAGAUUGUAUCUGUAAUAGAGACAUAUCUAUAAACCUUCCGUGCUGCAAAGCUGUGAUUUAUGUCUUGCCUACACCACUUGAAUAAAAAACAAACAAGUCACUAACAAAA